AUGGCCGUGGAGGUGCAGCAUGAGCACAGUGAGGCUUGGGGCAGCUGCUGCGGGGGGAAGGGCUGUGCUUUUCUUACUUACUGCGCCCGAGAUUCUGCUAUCAAAGCUCAGACAGCCUUACAUGAACAGAAAACGCUGCCAGGGAUGGCCCGGCCGAUCCAGGUGAAGCCUGCAGACAGCGAGAGCCGUGGAGGAGAUAGGAAGCUCUUCGUGGGCAUGUUGAAUAAACAGCAGUCUGAAGAAGACAUUCUCUGCCUCUUUGAGCCUUUUGGGGUCAUCGAUGAAUGCACAGUGCUUAGAGGUCCAGAUGGCAACAGCAAAGGUUGUGCCUUUGUUAAAUUUUCCUCGCACAACGAGGCCCAAGCAGCGAUCCAUGCUCUCCACGGCAGCCAAACCAUGCCCGGUGCCUCUUCCAGCCUCGUGGUGAAAUUCGCCGACACGGACAAGGAGCGGACGCUGCGUCGCGUGCAGCAGAUGGUGGGGCAGCUUGGCAUCCUUACCCCCUCCUUCGCCUUGCCGUUCAGCCCGUACAGCGCAUAUGCUCAGGCGCUGAUGCAGCAGCAGACGGUCCUCUCGGCAUCCCACGGCAGCUUCCUCAGCCCCAGCCUCACCUUUUCACCAUGCCACAUCCAGCAAAUUGGCACCGUCAGCUUGAACGGCCUGCCGGCCACUCCGAUUGCUCCAACCUCAGGAUUACACUCACCUCCUCUGCUGGGCACAGCUGCUGUCCCCGGACUGGUCACUCCCCUCAGCAACAGCUUUGCAGGAAUGGUGGCCAUUCCGAGCGGCCAUCCGACCCUGGAGACGGUCUAUGCAAACGGGCUUGUCCCCUGCACAG